AUGGAUGAGUUCAGUAACCUCACGAUAGCUGACAAGGAAUCUUUGAUCCAUGAGAAGGAUUUGGAGGCGAUCUUGGAGCUCAAAAUAUGCGAAAAUGAACCCGCAGUCGAGAACCAUAAACUACAGCUAUCUCAAAGGUUGAGAGAUAAAAUCAUGCCCCAUGUACCGUCAAGCCCAUCACCACUGCGACAGUCCAUGUUAGAAAGUGAUUACAGUGACGAAAUGGAUGUGGAUUCUGUUGGCGAAAUUGAUGCGAUGAAGCCUAUGCAAGAAGACAAUAACUAUGACAAGGACGACGAAAUUGAAACCGAUCCGGUCGAUAACGAUCUUUUGGAUGAUACAGAAUCCACCAUUGAUGAAAAUUCAAAUUCAACAGGACCUAGUAGUAAAGCUGUUAUAAAAGCCCUUUUGUCACCCACUCGAUUAGGCGUUGCUGCUGCAACAAAACUGGAUCAAUUGCCUGGCAAAUCGGACCAUAACGAAGAGAUAUACGAUUCUGGAGAACAGCAACAACCCGAAUUUAGUGAAAACCGGUCAUUUGUAAAAUACUCGGAAAACUCUGAGGGCCUAAAUUUCGGCCAAGAGGAUCUCUCUGAACUCCGGUACAGAUCCAACCAACAGCCCAUCCAAAUCUCAAUAAACAAUCAUCAUUACUACUAUCCACAGCCGGAGUUGUACGCUCGGAAUGAUAUCUCGACCUUUGAAAAACCCAAUUCGCUUCAAUUGCCGAAUCCAUGGUCUUCCUAUUCUCAUCCUGCUUCGCGAACUUCUUAUUUGCUGACGUCGUAUCUCCAAAUAUUCCUGAACGCGUUGACAGCGUUAUUACUGUUCUCCUUGGCAUUGAUCUUCAUGAGAUCUCUGAAAGCAGAUCUGAGAUCUGCGUGGGAGGUGGCCAAGUUGGACUUAGACCACGAAUCAAUUCAAUGUCAAAGAAACUACGAUUUGAAUCAUUGCGAUCGCAGCACAAGAGUAGAAGCGAUGGAAGAACAGUGUACUUCCUGGCACAAAUGCAUGUCCCGAAAUAAUGAUAUUUUUUUCCGCGCUAGAACUACGAUCAGUGCAAAACUGAUAGGCGACGUUGUGAACUCGUUCGUGGAACCAUUGGGAUGGAAAACGCUAUGUGUCAUUCUUUCCGGACUGGCUAUUUGGUGUUUUAGCUCGAACUUUAUUCUUGGUUUUGCUCGAGCUAAAAGCUAUUAUGGAAGCUCACAGCAGGAGAAGCCUGUCGAAAAGCGUCGAGAUGAUCGAAUGCCUACCGACAGUGACAAAAAGUUGUUGCGCUGA